ACCCCUCAAAGUACUCGAUGUAUAGUUAAAAAAUGGGAGGGCACACUUGAACCGAGCUGCUCUAUGAAGGUAGGCUGCAGCGUGUGUUUAUUGAUGAGAUGAAAAGAAGAUGGAAGUGAGAAAUGAAACAAAGUAAAGGAACAUAUCCAAAAAACUGAACGCUCUGAGUCUUUUGUCGGGGGAGAACGGGGGAGCUGUCGCCACUUUUUUCCCCCAGCAAGCUUCGAAGUGCAGAGCAGCACAUGAUUUGGACAGAGAGAACUGACAGCCUCGCCUAACACCAGGCCUCUGAUCAGCCAUCUCCACCAGCAAACUGAACUCGCACUUCAUCACCAGCCACACAAGCAUCUCCGUAACAAGACGUUGUUUAACUGUAACUUCAGUUGCAAGGGGAUGACCGAGCGCAUUCAUAACAUCAAUCUUCACAACUUCAGCAAUUCUGUACUUGAGACCCUCAAUGAGCAACGCAACCGUGGGCACUUCUGUGACGUGACCGUUCGGAUCCAUGGAAGUAUGCUGCGAGCUCACCGCUGCGUGCUGGCCGCUGGAAGCCCUUUCUUUCAGGACAAGCUGCUCUUGGGCUACAGCGACAUUGAGAUCCCCUCUGUGGUCUCGGUGCAGUCCAUCCAAAAGCUGAUUGACUUUAUGUACAGUGGGAUUCUGCGGGUGUCUCAGUCAGAGGCUCUACAGAUCCUCACUGCCGCCAGCAUCCUGCAGAUUAAGACCGUCAUUGAUGAGUGCACCCGCAUUGUGUCCCAGAAUGUGGGCCUGGCAGGGCCGGGGGGCUUCCCCAUUAUACCUGGGGAUUCUGGUCAAGAAACGCCCCGUGGAACACCAGAGUCUGGCACUUCUGGACCCAGCAGUGACGCAGAGUCAGGCUACAUCCAAGCUAAUUCACAACAAAGUAUGGAUCGUGCAUAUACACCAAUCUACUCCUACCACAGUCUGCCGCUGCAGAACGGUACCCGUGAGCGCCCCCUUUACAUCAACCCUCUGUCAACAAGUUAUGAUCUGGGUACACAGAAGGACCCACAAUCACAAGAUCCGCCCUGGAUAAACCGCAUCCAGGAGAAAUCCCAGCAGGUGGAUCGCUUCCUGUCUUCGGCAGAGUCCACUCACUGCCGCAAGCAACCCCGACCGGUACGCAUACAAACAGGAGGGAUGCACAUAAAACAGGAGGCUGACGAUGAGUACUGCUACGAGGACAUGGGCGACUGCCAGGACGACGCUGACCACAAUGAGGGCAUAGAGCACGAAUCCAAGAUCGAAAGCUUCGACUCAGGGGUGAGCUCCUCCAUCAGUACAGAGACAGACACCAUGGAGCAGCAGCCAUACCUGACAGGCUACAGCCGAGAGGGCGGAGGGGAGAUGCAGCAGGGUGAAGGAGUUCCGGUGCAGAUAGAGGUCAAUGACUCGUCCCCAGAGGAGGUGCAAAAGACAGAGGAUGGGGACACAUCCCACAGCACUAGUGACAGUAGCAUGAUUCAGUCGCUGCCAAACUCAGUCAAACAUAGUCCCAUGUCCCAGUACAUGCGCCAGGUAGAAUCACACACCACCAGCAACCUGAGGAUAUCACUGACCAGCAAUUCCCAAGUGAUGGGCACUGCUGGAAGCACCUUCCUGCCCACGCUCUUUCCUACUCAGCCGGCCAGAGACCAUAAGCCUUUCCUUUACCUACCUGGCCAGCAACAACCCCAGUUUGUGGCAGUGCCGCCCCCCGCCAUGGCAUCUUUCCCAAACCCCAUGUCAGUACCGCCAGCGCCAGCUCAGCAGCAACAGGCUGCAGGAGGGAUCGGUCAGGGAGAAAAGAAGCCCUAUGAGUGCACUCUGUGCAGUAAAACCUUUACUGCAAAGCAAAACUACGUCAAACACAUGUUUGUCCACACCGGUGAGAAGCCUCAUCAGUGCAGCAUCUGCUGGCGCUCGUUCUCCCUGAAGGACUACUUAAUUAAACAUAUGGUGACACACACGGGGGUUCGGGCAUACCAGUGCAGCAUCUGCAACAAGCGUUUCACCCAGAAGAGCUCUCUCAACGUCCACAUGCGGCUGCACCGUGGAGAGAAGUCCUAUGAGUGCUACGUCUGCAAGAAGAAGUUCUCACACAAGACCCUGCUGGAGCGGCACAUGGCUCUGCACAGCACCGCCAGCGCCAUCACCGGGCUGUUGGGCAGCGCAGGUACACCGGUCCCCGUCUCCAUUCCCAUGCCGAUGGCUGUUCCCGAGCCCGGUGCUGGAGUGGUGGCCCUGGCCAUGCCAGCAAGCGGAGGUGCUGGAGUCGGGGCCGGGGUUGGAACAGGAGUGGGUGUAGCUGCAGAGGCGAGCUGCCAAGAAGGGACCACCUACGUGUGCUCCGUCUGCCCUGCCAAGUUCGACCAAAUGGAGCACUUCAAUGACCACAUGCGAAUGCAUGUCUCCGAUGGAUAAAUACAAAAACUUCUUAAAAAAAAAAAAAAAAAAGAAUGACAAACAAAAUGGCACUAGAUUUUCUUUUCUUAUGUUAAGGUAUGAAGAGUUGAGUAUAGACACUGGCACAUUAAGUUUCCCAAAAAGAUCUUUUUUUUGUUGAUUUCUUUAUUCUGUUGUUCUAAAAGAAAAAAAAAGAUGGUGGCCUUAAGGCUUAGUAGUUUGAUAUUGAUCUACUGGAUGGAUCCUAACUACAGGCCUCUAAAUGUAUGCUUUCCUAAAAUACUGAUUUAUGUGUUGAACACUACCGAAAGGCCUACGAAAAAAACACAUACACACAAACACACCUUUAGGCUAGAAACGUCUGAAUGACUUUAAAUGAGAAAAUAUGUUUGUGUAUUUGAAAGUGUCUGUCCAAGCGUGUGUGUGUGUUUUUGUGUGUGUACAUUGCCAUGAGGCAUAAAAUCAUGGCUGUUGUGAACCCAUACUGACCAGUUUGGAAACUUAAAGAUGUCCAAGCUUACUGUGGUAUAAUUUACAACAAUAAUUUAAGAUUAAAAAAAAAAUCUUAGGUUGGGCUACAUUUUCCCUCUAAAAAAUACUGAUGAUCACACGAUUGCCUUCUUAUAUAAAAAAAAGGAUUGUAGUUAAUUUGACACUGGGUUUUAUUUAUUCCUAUGGUAUUAAGGGAUUAUAAUGCAGCUGUUGUCAUGGUACCAAUUUUAGUCAUUUUACUGAAAUAUAACUUCUUUUUGGGGGGUGAUGGGGAAAACUAUUCCUCGUUUUUUUAAUAUCGUCCAUGCAUUGAAUGGUCAAGUUUACUAAAUUUUGGUGUGUUAAUGAGACAGUAUUUAAGCAAAAAUGUUUUAAUUUUUUUUUUUGUCCUGGAGUUUGGAGUUUAGCGUAUUUGUAUACACUGCCACUUCAUUUCUGAGAAGACUGUUAAGGCUAGUGGACCUCUUCCAUUUCUAAACACCUGAAAAGAGGAACAAGAUCCUUCCUUAUUGAGCCUUUUACAUUCACAGUAAUGGCAUUUCUUGAGUAUGCGACUAAACCCCCUCCUUCAUAAUUGCUGCUCCUCAACUUGCACCAACUGUUAUGGGAAAGAAGAUUGGAAAAGAACCGAUUUGUCACUUUAGCUAUUGUUGUUAUUAAGUAGCCUGCAUGAGUUUAAUCCUAUAAUUGAAUUACAAUUUAAACGUAGGCUGUUGUUGAUUGGAAUUGUGUUGUAAAAGAUGGGAUAAUUUCAUUCUAAUCAAAUUUAAAAUUAAAAUAAUUGCCACCUUGAUCCUGGAAGGCCUGUAUAACCUGUUCAUUACGACUGUGCAGCUAUUUUAGCAGGUGGGAACUAAGUGCAUUACUCACUGUGUGCUGGCUCUCCCCAAAGGCUCGAAUGGCAUGCAGUGUUUUGAAAGGAAAUACAGUCUAAGUAGCUCCGUGGAUCAAUAACCCCACUGUUUUACGGUUACACAAGUUGCAGAUGGACAGUGUGGACAAUAGCGUACAUUCCUGACGAUUCGGACACGUCGGUUUCGGGUGCUCGUUGUGUGCAAGUUAGUCAUCCAUCCUUCACAUCACAUAUGUGGAACUAUUUUUUUUUAUAUGUAAUACUUUUAAAAUUUUUGAUUCGCUCUUUAUCCAAAGUAGAUCUCACACACACACACACUGACACACACACACACACAUGCAACUGCCUGCAACUGCAGUCUGAACUGCCAUUUGCCUGCUUUGAGUGGGUAAACCAGUUUAGCAGUUGUAAAAGUUAAGAAAAUAACCAACUGCAUGCAGGGGUCUUCAAAAGACCUGCUGUAAAAAGAAAAAAAAAAGAAGUGCUGUUUUGCACAUUUUUUUUAAAAAAAAUGCCUGUGCUUACUAUUUAAUCGUUUUUCCUUAAAUUUAACUUUCUUUUAUUAAGUUUUAAAAGAAAAAAAAAUCUUUUUUUUAAUCUAAGUGGACUGCAUUAUUUUCUUGCAUAUAUGUUGCACUGCUUUAACCAAUAAGUGCACUACUGUUAACAGAGAUAUAGUUUUAGAAAAUAUAACUUUUGUUUCAGUCUAACAUUUGGUCAUAGAGUUCACCUGUAGUAGAAAAAGAAACUUUUUUUUUUUCCUGAGUUCUUCGAAAAAUAUUUCUGCUAUUCUUGGCUUUCGUUAUUGCUUGCUGUUACCUACGAAAUAUUCUCGUGCCGUGUUAAUACAAGUUUUAUUUCAGUCUUCAGAUGUGCUCCUCUGUGGUUGAGUUCCUCUAAGGAAUCCGUUCCCUAUAAGAGAUUAUUUACGUGCAUUUCUUUGGAAAUAGUUUCUUAAGAGAACAUCCAAACCAAACAACAGAAACAAAGAAACAGCAACAGUAAUAAUAAACCAACUCCCGUCCAACUCGGUUGGCCCAGGUGAUAAUAAUAAUAACGAUCAUAUUAAUAAUGAAACAUUUCUAACGUGUGUGUGCGCGCUACAUAAAUGUGUCCUUCAAGGACUUUUUGUGGAUUUUUAAAACUUUGUGGGAAGGUGAUGGAAUGCAGCUUCUUUGAUACGUGUCUGUCACUCGUGGUGUGUGUUCCUCUGUGUUUUUAGGUGUGCGAGUGUCUGUGUGUGAUAAAUAGCCUAAUCAAAUAGUUGAGAAGUGGAAUAUCACACCUGUAGGGCUUCCUUUGCAAUAUGCAGCGCAGGCACCACGUGAAGCAGCUCUCCAAAACCCUUAUUGUGCUCAAUACGGCACCUGCGGCAUUCGUUCGGAGGGGGGACUGUGAGAGUCCCGAUGCUGUUUUUCUUUUUUUAAUACUGUCUUGCAGAACGACAGUCAAGCAAAGAGCGUUUGAGGCUCCGGCGGAGAUUCCUGCAUUCUGACCCAUCCAGGAAAUUAAAAAAAAACUGCGUUGAGGUCAGUCCUGAGAAAGCGUAGCUCAUUCUUGAACAUUUGAUUGGGCCCCGUCUCUGUGAUGUGCAUACAAGCCUGAACUGUACGGUUGCUGUUUGUAGCUGUUGUUGCCAGUGGGUGGGUUGGGGGGCAAUAUUGCUGCAUGCUAAUGCUAUAUUUGUCUCUACACGGCACGUGGAGGGUAAUCUCAUGCCUUAACAGACCAUGCACUAAAUAGAAUAUGUAAGCAACUGCCGAGAUCUUUUUUUUGUUUUGUUUUGGAUUUUUUUUUUCCAACAGUAUUGCUGCAUGUGGGGCACACAGCUCAUGACGUUUGUUGUGCGUUCAAGUUCAACACUGCCAAACCGACAGCAUCACUUCCUGAACAGCAAAGGCAGAGACGAUAAUCUGAACUCGGUUCAGUGUAAUAAAGUGUUUUCAGUCAUCUAGCAUUCCUUCAUGGCACCUAAAUUUUUACAUAUUUUGUGUGAACACAUUUAUGACAUGCACUAUUGACUGUAGCUAGACGAGUACAACCAGCUUUGUGAUGUCAUUGGUCUAAAUAGUAGGUUAAGUAGCUCGAUGUUGGUUUUUUGAACUGUUUGAUUUCACGAUGAAUCUAUCAGCUGUUUCUCUAUCACGUUUUGUUUUGGAAAGACUAAAGUAGCCAAUCUUUAAUGUGAUCUGGGUGAGGGCUAACUGCUUCAUCAGCUGACUUCCUGUAUAGUAGGAAGAUUGACAGCAGAGCAGCCUUGAAAAGGAGUUUUUGCUCCGAUGCGUCAGAAAAAGCACCCCUCUUGGUCCAGUGUUAGCCUCACAUACUCUUCACUGUCCAUAGUUAUUAUAUAUAUAGAUAUAUAUAAUAUUUAUUACUUCUAUUGCUUCGGCUACUUGUGGUGGUGCUUAACUCUUCUCUCAGUGUUGCGAAAAGUUGGUUUAAAAAGUAGGUGCACCAUUAUCCAGAAAGAUGUGUCAUUUUCUCAAUCGUGCUUCUUCGAGUUGUAGGUCUAGACUUUAUGUUUGCAACGUGUGCGCAUAUUUCCCAGAACAAAACACUUUUGAAGAGUAGAUGAUAGCCUUGAGCCUGCAGCUGUUUUGUAUUGUGUUUCGAAUAUAUUCCUGUUUCCGUUUUGCUUAUCUUAGCGUAGAGACACAGGGUCUACAGUGCAUCGUUGUCCCUCUCGCAGUAACUCGGAUUCAUAUAGUUGUUUCAGAAUUCCUCCUGCUUUCUUUUUACAAAUUUUGUGUCUUCGCCAAUGCUCAUGUGGGCGUGGAUCAUAGCUUUAAGCUACUGGAAAACAAAUAGUUAUUUUUCACCUUGUAUCAUAUAUAUUUAUAUAUAUUCAUAUAUGCUUUGUGUUGAAAAGAAAUCAAGAACUAAAGGGGUGAGGGUCUUUCUUGGCGAGGAACAGGGUCAUUUUAUUCUGAAAAGCAUCCGUCUGUCGUUCUUUCCGUCUGUCUCCACGCGUUUCGAAGUCGGAUAUCCAUUCAGACAAGUCACAAUGUUAAAAGUCAAAAACACGCCAGUCAGAUGACACUUCACUGCAUUUUUUUGUCCUUCAGCAGUAGGCAUAAGAGAUGAGUUUCUUGCAAAUAUUCUAUAUAUAUUUUAAGUACAACCGUCUCCACACAUAAAGACUACAUUUUUCAGAGAGUUUGAUGAAAUUGUUACUGCAGCUAGAGUAUACAAUACCUUGUAGGAUAUAGAGAAUAAGCCUGUCAAGUGCCUAUCAGUGCAUACAGCAACUAUACAGAAUAUUCAUAGUUUUUCUCUCCUACAUCGCACAAAUACAGUAUAUACACAGUGGACUAUUUAAAAAAAACAAAAAACUAUUUAUGCUAUAACUGCUAAAAAAAACUGUGGUGGUUGUGUGUAAGAGAACCCUUUAAAAUGCCAGAAAUGUUUUAUUCCUAUACAGUGAAAUCUACAUCAGCAAGUUUUAUUUAUUAUUUAUUUAUGAUGGUUAGUCUCAGUUUAGACCAUCUGGAGGAUUCAAAGAUUUAAUGGGCAGUCACAGCCUCAUGUGAAUCAAAUAUGCAAAUGCAUUUCAUAGUCUUAGACUGAAACUGUUAUUCAAAGUAGACUUUUUUUUUUUAUUCUACUUUUUGUCUUUUUCUUGAUUUUUUGGCCAUGAGCAAACAAGCCAUAAACUGGACCAGACUGUGUUCGGGGUGACAGGACAGUGUGCGGGCAACAGAGGGAGCCACUUAGCAGGUGGAGGAGGUGACGUUUGACCAUCUGCUUGUCACACUGGACAAAAAUCCAAAUUUACCCCUUCUCUUAAAAAAAAAAAAAAUCUAUUUUGUUUUGUGGCAUUUUUAAACUGUAACAACACAAUACGUGGAGGACAGGAGCUGCUUCGAUUGUUUUUGAGUGAACGCCAUCACAGGGUUAGAAGGAAAGCUGCAGCUUUGCUGCAGUUUGUGUCAAAGUUCAACCUGUGCUUUGGUAAGAUCUAAUUAAAGCCCAAUUUGGCUAGCAAAAUCAUUACGAGUGCUUUGCCUUUAAGAAAAACUAGCUGUGUAAAUACAGCUUCACAUUUUAAAGCAUAGACAAAAUGCAAUGUGAGGGACAGAAAUGAACAUAUUUAAUAAACAAAUGCUGGACCAGCUGAUUUUUAGAACUACAAAUUGGACGAGCCGAAGGUUUUGGCUGCAGAUAAACAGCUUUGAAUCUACAACCGUCUUUAAGUGUUGGAUGAACAACAUGAAAAAAAAAAGGCAAAUAUGGUAGAGUUAAAAAAAUAAAGAAAAAUAAAAUUAAGAAGAUAUUGGAUUUUGGGAAUGGGUGGCUGCAGGAUGAAAGGUAUUGUGAUGGCUUAUUAUUCUGUCCCCUGUGGACUAAUUACCACAGUUUUCUCUCUUGCCUUCUCCAGCUUAGUUGCUCUGCCAGUUUCGUGGAGGGGUGCACUUUUUAAUUAUACCACUGUUGUUAAGUUAGUUGUCCAAAAAAAUAAAAUAAAACCAAAAAAAAUACAAUUUUUUUUUUUUAUUAAAUAAAAUAAAAACAAAUUUAUAAAAAAUCCCAACCAUGCAGAAAACCCAAAGCAAGUGACUGCAUUCACUUUGAAUCUUUCAAUCCUCCACAGAAGAAAACAGUGAUGAUUGAUAUUGGCUUAACUGUCACACAAGUUAAAUGUUAAAUCAGAUAAAUGUAAAGGAGGCGUGGCGUCUGAUUGGUACUAGAAGCGCCCUAAUCAGAUUUUACCGAUGCCCAGAUACUUUUUUUUUUUUUUUUCAUUUUGGAGUUUUACAAAAUGAAAGUAGCUGAUUUCAAACUGCAGUAACUAACCAAAUGACUUUGAUCGAACAGUUACUGGACUAACCAACGUGGCUGUUUUUUGAAAUGACGCCAUCGUCAGGUCAUCCCGAUGGAUGGCUGCAGCCGGAGCGUGCACCAAGCAGCUCUCUCCAGCAGGGGGCCGCUCUGGCUCGGUUUUCACCGACAUUAUUCUUGCUUUAUCGCAAAGGCGGAAACACUGAGGCUCUUUGUGUUCUCCGUCGCUGCAGUCCGUCUGGCUUAGUUCAGCUUGAUGAGACAAUUACGUUUUAAAGUGUGCAGCAGCGGAACUAAAAACAUGCAUUCCUGUUUAAGUCCAGCACAUUCCAGCUCCGAGUCUGGCCUUCGUUUUCCACACCUAACUGACCUAAAAUCCCCCAUCGUUUUCACUACAAAAUGACUUCACUUUAUUUCUUUUUUUUUUUUUAAUAAAAUAACAUGUCACACUUUAGCAAAAUUUCAAAAUCGUUCAAUUUUAUUCAAACGUAGCUGUGAGCUCACAAACCUUCUUAAGCUUUGACCACAUUAUUCCUCUGAGAACUGGCUCUUCACCUUGUCGGCCUCUUCUGACAGAGAGAGGCCUUUUGUCACCACCACACUGGCUGCAGUCCCAGCCAGCACGCUCUCUGCCAUCACCGCAGCCUUCCAUUCAUGAGGCCAUGCCAACCAUUAGGAAAUACUUUUUAAAAAAAAAAACUAAAAGCUGUACAAGACAAUGUUUGUUUUGACAAACCAAAGACCGGUUAGGAUAAUCUCAGUUUUCAGAGAACUUUUUAAAUGUGUGUGAGGUUCAUGCGAUCAGACUCGAUUGCUGCAGUUGUGUUUUCGUUUUCCUUCUCUCCGCAGAGUGCUUGUGAAAUAUCUGUUUCGUCUGUUUAGCUGUUUAUAGUUUCGUGCUUGUGUUUAGACCAAAAUAGAUUUUUUUUGAAAAAUAAAAAAUGCAACAAAACAUCAGAAACGAGUGGGACAUGGUGGCUGUGACGUAAACUUUGGCAUGUCAAAAGAUCUUUACAAUUGUAAAUGUUGCAUUUACUCCUGGAAAAAAAAAAUCAAUGAUAAUAAUACUUGGUAUUAAUGGUGUAUUUUCCACACACAAAUUUUGACAAAUCAUUGUGUAUAUUUUCUCCUUAAAUCUUAAAAACUUCUUUGUUCAAUUUCUCUUUUUUUUUUGUUUUAGUUUUUAUUCACAUCCUCCAAAUUUUGGCACUGUCUGUCAAAAAAGGCUGUGUCUGAAAAUACUAAUCUGACGUUGUGACUUAAACUAGAUUACAUUUAGCCCUUUUAUACUUGAGAUGGACCAAGAUGUUAAGUUUGCACAUAUUUGUCACUUCUUUAUUUAAGCCAAAAAACAAAACAAAAUUGAAAACUUCACAUUUUCAAAAAUUCAAGUAAAAACUCUAAAAAGCAUUGGAAGAAGCAGCCGUAACAGGAUGAAACUACAUCUAUGAAACCAAACUGUAAAACGGACCAUUGCUGUUAUAAUUGCUUUAAUUAGUAAGACAUCACCUGAAAGGAAAAAGCAUUAGACAAGACAAUAAAAAAGGUCAAUUAUUUUUCGGUGAACCUGCUGCUGUACUCCUCGUAGUUUUAAAAUUAGGAACUUACUUUCAUUCAGGCCUUGUUUUGUUCCUAGUUAGCAUUAAAAAACCAGAAUAAUCAAAAAGGAAGCUUUUCUUUGGCUUUAUUAUGACUUUUUUUUUUUUUUUUUUUACAUUUUUCUGGCUUUUUUGCAGCCAGUUAUAUGUAGAGGCUUCUAAACAUGCACUUGAGUUGAACAAUGAGCUCUGCUUAUAAACAUGUGUAUAUCUUGUUUGGCUUUUGUUUUUGUUUUGUUUUUUCUUCCACCCUAAAUAUUAGCGCGAUAGGAUUAAUUUUUUGUUGGUUUUUUUGGGUUAUUUCCCUCCAAAUUAGUUCUUGGAUAGAUUCUGAACUGGGCAGAAGUCGAGCUGUUGUGGUUAAAGGUUGUUAACAUCACAUCUAAGCAACCCUGAAAUAUAUGCUGCAGUAAUGUGUGUUCAGUUUGUUUUUGAUAAUUUAUGCUCCAAGUUGGUUUGUAUUUUAUUAUUAUUAUUAUUGUUGUUGUUGUUAUUGUUGUUCUGAAACAAGCUUGUUUUAAAUGUACUGACUGCUGUUUUGAAAUAGGGGAUAAAUUUUUUUUUUUUUUUUUUUUUCUGUGUGUGCAAGGACGUUUUUUUUUUUCUUUUCUUUUUUUAAUGAUUUGUCAAACACUGGACCGGGGAAAGUUUUCCAACAUUUCUAAGUUGAGAGAUGUAAUUUACAGACGAAACUGCACAGAUGACACCUGUUAGCCCAGACGAAGGCGUCCUCCCAGCUGCACCAGGGAGAAUGACAUCCAGAUGCUGAAAUCCUCAAAGUAGGACUCAUCUGGAUGGAAAAGGUUUUGGAAUUUGUCGCUUCUGAUUGUGGGAUUAGUUCAACACGAUGCAAAAUACUUUUAGUGCUUUUUUUCCUUCCAAAAUGUUGCAUGGCAGAGACUGGGGAUGGCGGGAUUUAUUUUUAAACAGGAAAAAAACCAUGAAAAGGGAUUCCACGCCCCAGAUUGCCAGUUUCCCCAGUCAUCUGGUACGGUCUUUGCCUUGGUGGGACAUAUCAUCUCAUCACACCAAAACACCACUUCUCAAACCAGAUAAGAGAUUUGCACUAGACUAAUUUUGGUCUUCUUCUAUCAAAAGCAAUAUGAUUAACUCAACACAUUUCUGAACCUUAGUAUGGCAGGAUUGUCAGUCUCCACAUUGGGAAAAAGCUGAUUUAAAAAAAAAAAAUGGUGACGUCUGACAAUUUUUGUAUUCCAAGGUACAGAAUCAGCUGCCUUUUUCAGUACACGUCCGUUCGUAGCAGGGUUGUUGUUGUUUAUUUUUGUUUUCUUUUUCUUGACCCAGCGUUACCCUGAGUCCAGACAAGAGGGGCAUUAAAAGUGUUGUUUCCUCCUGUGAUUGCUUCUGACAAAUCCCAAAACAUCAAGGGUGAGGAGAGGAAUGGUUCACCAGUCCGUGUUAGACGUCUCCAUCGCGUAGCCUGCAACAUGUUUGAAAAGAAAAACCAAGCAGUUCAACUCCGCCGUCACACGUAUCCUACCCCAAAAAACCAGCAUUCAAAUAUUUCUCCAUUUAAAUGUUUCAAUCCCUGUCACUCGAAAGGCUUUAAAAAUUGAAUCUUUUUUUUAAAAAGAGAAAGAAAAAAAGCUCAAAAUGAAUCCAAAAACAUCUUUGCCCACCAAAACGCACCGCUCUCCAUCCUUUCCGCUCAGCGAGGUCACACUUGACAAACCCGCAGCUAUCGGCCUCAGCGUCACUACGACGGAUAAGUGUAAAAACAAAAUGUCCAAAAACCCCACAGAGCAUAGCUUCACCAUUUCUCUCUGGAUGUAGUGGCUUUCCCGUUUUCCACCUCUUCUUGGUGUUGUCGAAAAGGCGUCGCGGUUCGUCCGAAUAUGUCGCGUGUUAGAGGAAGCAUAAGUAUGUGCCUUCUUGUAAUCUCCUUGGUGAGCUUGUUAUUAUUGAGAAGCUGAAGCCAGCCAAUUGUGUUUGCACUAAAAACCAAAUUGCUUUCGUGAUGUAGACUAUUUAAGCAAGCUUGUUACGUCACUUUAACCGUUCAGUAUGCAUGAGGGUAAAAUUGGUAAAAAGGCUAGAGCUCUCAUCUGUUGACCUGUAAACCAGUGCAGCUUAGAGGAUCUUGUGAAUAUAUCUUGGCUUGGUUUUUGCAUUUAGUUCUAAUGUCCAUUUCUUUAGGCAUCAUUUUGUUCACUAUUUCAACAGUAAAACAUACAAACAAACAAACACACUCAUAUAUAUAUAAAUAUAUAUCUAUAUCUCAAAAUGAUAACAAACCAUUGAUACAGCUUUGACUUUCACAUGCCACAGUUUGAUUUAAACAACUGCAGAAAGAGAUCUUUGUUUUCCUGAAUCCAUGCGAGUGCACGCGAGGUCGCCUCAAGACUUUUGGUCCAAUCAAUUCAAAAAAAAAUAUUUGUAUUUAUUACACAUUUGGCUGACAAAUCGAAAUGUCUUACGAUGGCACCUUAUACAUGUCAGUCCACGUGGGUGAAAAAUUAUUUUAAAAAGAAAAGGCUGGCAGUGUAAUAUCUCGGAUUUAGCACCUUACUACACCGCAUGUUUUCACUUUAUGCCAGUUUAGUUAUUCUUCCAUAUUUAUGAUUUGAAAAUGAAAAAUCUCCUGUUUUGUGACAUUGUUUUGUUGCCAAAGUUUGGAGGCGAUCUCCCACAUGUUUCCGCUUAUCAUUUGCUUUUCCUGCUCCUUCAGUUAAACCAACGGUAUGUCACAACUUCUUAUAACAGUGUGUGGAAUCAAUUUAUCUCAGCAAACAGUAUCAUUACUUGCCAUUUUACAAUAAGCCCUGUAUUUCAUAUAUAUUUACCAGUGAUGUGUAUUUGUUAUUAUAAAGAAAAUAGCCGUAAAAGCUUCAUUAUGUUACAUAAUAUUGUGACUUUUUUCGAAAAACUGUGAAGACUUAUCUUGCAUAUACUUUAUAAAAAAGUAUUAAGCCUUAACACAAAAGACUAAAAAAAGUGUGGAAGAAUAAACUGAUUGUUGCUAAGUAAGGAUGAUUUUUGUAAAUGUUACCAGCACUUUUUUUGUAAUUUUCACUCUGAGGUAUUGUACAAGUUCAAGCUGUUUGUGAAGUUUGAUUAUGAAGGAAUAAAAACUAGUACUUUCCUGUACUUCACAGAAA